AUGGGGCUACAUAAACGAGAAAAGAAUGGUCUGCUCUCCUACGAGAAUCCAAACUAUCACCUGGAUCCGUCCCGAUUGGAGUCUGCGAUAUACAGCGACCUCUACGAGAUGCACGACGAAAAGAAUACCCCUGAUGAGUUUGAUGCUUAUCUUGACAACAGAAGAGUUGAAGAUGAAGCGUCCUCACCCGUGAACAAAAUAAGUGACAAAUCCGGCCUGAUCUUACCGCCUCAAGGUGGAGAAGAGUCGCCGCCUCCAGAGAAGGAGCGAGCAGACCGCGAGGACUCAGAGAAGAGUCAUUCAGCGUCAGUGCCUCACUCUGCUGAAGGGCCUAACGAUGACCUGUACGCGAUACCGGUCAAACUCAGGCCGAAGAAAGAGCCACAGCUCCCACCAGGAUGGGAGAAACAUGAAGACAAUGACGGCCCAUAUUAUUGGCACAUAAAGAGCGGCACCAUUCAAAGAGAAAUACCAAAAAUGCCGCCAAUUGAAGCAAAAGAGUCGCGCAUCUCCAUGGUGCGCGACUGUUCAAACCUCUCUGAGGUAUCCAAGUAUGAGGGCAACGUGAUGACCAGCUCAGUUACUAGGAGUACCACAAGUGGAGCUCUCGACCACGUGGAUCAAGAUGCAGAGAGGAAACGAAAAGAGGAGAUGUCUUACAAACGCCGCAGUUUCCCCGCCCGUCAAGAGCCAGACAACGGUCGCGCCGUGCGGUUUUUCGUCCGGUCCCUCGGCUGGGUGGAAAUCUCAGAGUCAGACCUCACACCGGAGAGGUCUAGCCGUGCCGUCAACAAAUGUAUCGUGGACCUCAGCCUCGGGCGUAAUGAUCUACUUGAUCAAGUCGGACGUUGGGGUGAUGGCAAAGAUCUUUUUAUGGACCUAGACGACGGUGCCCUGAAACUCAUGGACCCAGAGAGCCUGAACACACUGCACACACAGCCCAUCCACACGAUCCGAGUAUGGGGAGUCGGGAGGGACAACGGCCGGGACUUCGCUUACGUGGCAAGGGAUCGUGCUACUCGCAAACAUAUGUGUCACGUGUUUCGUUGCGAAGCGCCCGCCAGAAGCAUUGCCAAUGCCUUGAGGGACAUCUGCAAGCGCAUUAUGAUCGAGAGGUCCCUGCAGCCCCCGCCGAGGCCCACCGACCUGCCGUCCACGAGACGCCCCAGACCGCUAUCUGGUGAGAUUGUAGCCUGUACGUGCAGAUUAGGAGUUGGAGCAGCAUUCCCCACUCCGAUGGAAGAGCCCCGCAAAACAGUGAGAGCCCUUUACUUGGGCAGUGCAGAAGUACCUCGCGCGACUGGCAUGCGAGUGUUGAAUGAUGCUCUGGACAGACUGGCCGCUGCCAGACCACCCUCCGCAUGGCGUCCGGUAGCCGUUGCUGUAGCGCCAUCUAUGAUCACAAUCACUGAUGAAGGGGAGACAACCCCUAUAGUGGAAUGCCGCGUGCGCUACCUGUCCUUCCUUGGCAUCGGCCGCGAUGUCCGUCGUUGUGCGUUCAUAGUGCACACGGCCCAGGACCAGUUCGUGGCUCACGCCUUCCACGCUGAGCCGUCCUCGGGAGCUCUCUGCAAGACUAUUGAAGCCGCAUGCAAGCUGCGCUACCAGAAGUGCCUGGACGCGCACGGCGGCGCGGGGCUGGCGGCGAGCGGCGGCGCGCCGCAGGGCGACGGCGGCCGCGCCUCGCUCGGCGCCGCGCUCAAGUCGCUCGUGGGCUCGCUCACGGGCCGCCGCGCCUCCUGA